AAGUAGACUAUUAAAUCUUUUAUAUAAGAAGCAAUAUUUUAAUUUCUUGACAAAGAAUGUUAUAAAACAUGAGAGCACAAUCUGAAUCGAGAUUGCAAUCGCUAUUAUUAAUGUUAUACUAUAACCAGAAACAAACAAUACUUGUAAGACCAACAGAAUAGUGAAAAUAUAUCUGAAUGGAGGAACAAGAGGUAAUAUGUUUUUCAUGCGCAAUCAGUCCUUUGGGUGAAAUUAUUCGAUUUUAUGGAAUCGAUUGUUUCGAAAUAUGUGCUCAUUUAAGUGUAAGAUCAACCAAAACAUUCAAAAUAUACUCAAUAAUAUUGGAAUGUAUAUUGUGGAUCAAACCCAUAAUGCAUAUGCUUAUAAUGCUAUUCCGUAACAGCAACAUUGGAAUGCCCUGCGGAUCGUGGUUUAACGAAUUUUCGGAAGAUAAAAUAAUCUUUGUAGGAUAUACAUUCAUUAUACACUUUACGUUAGCGGCCAUAUUUUCCAUCUGCCGUAGAAAACUGCUUAUUUUAACAUUAAAACGAACGAGUUAUGUUGGAGAGAAAGAAAUAAUUAAAAGAUUCAUCAGAGCUUUCCUUAAUAUACAAACGAUAAUUAUUAUUUUCUUUGUCGUCAUUAAUUCGUAUCAUAUAAUUACAAAAAGAUAUUUUAAAAUUAGUAAAAUAGAAGGAGAAACAAUGGCUCUUAUCUGUACCACCUUUAUGGUAACCAACAAUUGUCUCAUGUUUGGUUACGCUAUUGUUAUUAUCACGAUAUUUUUCUUAAUUCUGACUACUAUUAAACAUCGUUUCUUGGCAUUAUCUGAAGAGUUACAACACGUUAAAAAUGAUCCUCUCGUAUACAAAAAAUUGGAAUUAAUAAUUAUAAAGCACACAGAAUUAACAGAACAGAUUCAACAUCUAAACGAUUAUUGUGAAAAUUCAUUAUUUUUGAUAUAUAAUUCAAUAAUUUGGUUCUACGCUCUUUCAUUUAGUAUCAUCAAUGUAGUUAGAAAAUGGAGCAUCAUAUAUGCUUUAAUAGUUAUUUGUUUCUUAGUUAUCGGUGUAACUACGUGGCUUUAUUUCAUCUUUAUGAUCUCUACCCUUUCUUCUGCUGUAUACGGAUCAUUUCAAGAAAUCCGAAAAUUCAGUUAUCUGCAAAUUUGCAUCACUAAAAAGUUAAAGAUAUUGAAUUUCAUGAAGCAAUUUAAAGGGACUUCGCUUGGAAUAAGUUGUGGGAAUUUCUUUGUUUUUACCAGAAAAACUCCAGUAAAGAUGGCCAAAGCAUUAGAAUCUUCAUUUUCCAUUAUUUCCAAUCUACGAAAUCCAUCAAAACAUUGCAGCAAUUCCCGAAUAAAGUUCUAAAAAUAUGUUUCUAAACGAAGAUUUUUUUUACAUUAUAAAAUAAUUAAAAU